GGAUACUUUAGAUCUAACCUCUAAGUCCAACCUACAAGCAAAACCUACUGACGAGCAAAGCGAACAUGAGGGGGGAAUCUAUCUAAGGCGCAAUAUCAUUGAAGUUAUUGAUAAAGCUUGCGCAGUUUCAAUGGUCAAUGAUGUGAUUAAG